AUGGAAACCACUGUCCAUGUUGUUUCAUCCCAUUGUGCCCCACAAUUUUCUGCUAUGGAAUUUGGGAUUCAGAAUCUUGGGUGCGCGCACUACAGAAGGAGAUGUAAGAUCAGAGCGCCUUGUUGUGACGAGGUUUUUUACUGUAGCCAUUGCCAUAAUGAAGCUAAGAACUCUGGUGAAGUUGAUGCUGUGGAUCGUCAUGAUGUUCCACGCCAUGAAAUUAAGAAGGUUAUCUGUUCCUUAUGUGACAUAGAGCAAGAUGUUCAACAGUACUGCAUAAACUGUGGAGUAUGCAUGGGCAAGUAUUUUUGUGAUAUAUGUAGGUUCUUCGAUGAUGAUACUUCAAAGAACCAAUACCACUGUGAUGAAUGCGGCAUUUGCAGAACAGGAGGCAGGGAUAACUUUUUCCACUGCAAAAGAUGUGGAUGUUGCUACUCCAAGAUAAUGGAAAAGGGGCACCGCUGUGUAGAAGGAGCAAUGCAUCACAAUUGCCCUGUCUGCUUUGAGUAUCUAUUUGAUACAGUAAGAGAAAUCAGUGUCUUGCCUUGUGCGCAUACUAUACAUUUAGAGUGUGUUAGAGAGAUGGAAAACCAUCAUAGGUACACAUGUCCUGUAUGCUCAAAAUCCAUCCGUGAUAUGUCAAGUUUGUGGACAAAGUUUGACAAAGUGGUUGCCUUAACUCCAAUGCUUGAAACCUUAAAAGACAAGAUGGUGUGGAUUCUUUGCAAUGAUUGUGGAACGAACUCUCAUGUACAAUUCCACGUUGUGGCCCAUAAGUGCUUAAGUUGCAACUCAUACAACACAAGACAGAUACAGGGAGUACCUGCUACAUCAACCUCAUCUGGGGUGACUGAAACGCUUGCUUUCUCUUUAGUUGGCUUUGCGUAUUGCUCUUCUUCUGCUUUUUGGGUUACCAACUCCUACAAUCAGAACGCAUUCAAUGUCAAAAUCAAUGCCACAUUCUUGACAAUUGACAUCAGCUCCAAUGCCAAGAGAUGGCAAGGAAAAGGAAGGGUGCAAAAGGAAGAUAUUGUUUCAGGAGUUACAGCAGAAUGUGCAAUCACUUCAUUUCAGAAUGCCAGUCCCUCUCUAUCCAGCACAAUAUAUUCAAGGAAAUGGACCACUGGGACCACAUCUGCUCUAGUAGCUGCUCCAUUUGCAUUGUGUCAAUUGUCAAAAUAA